AUGCGUCAAUUCCCCGGCAUCGCCGCUGGCAUCGCCCUAGCAGCCUCCCACGCCGCGGCCGGCUCUUCGGUUGCCUCUCUCUGCACCGUCUCCCACGUCCAGUCCGCCCUCCCUGCCAAUGGCACCCUCCUCGGCAUCGACAUGCUGCCCUCGUCCGUGACAGCCACGACCACCAACACGACCUCGGGCGAGUACUGCAAAGUCGCCGUCUCGUACGUGCACACCGGGACCACGGACGAGAUCGUCCUCAACUACGGCUUCCCCAGCCCCGAUGCCUUCAAGAACCGUUUCUACGUUGCCGGUGGGUUUGGAUACUCCCUCAACUCGGACGUUACCGGCGGGCUCGAGUAUGGGGCUGUCUCUGGUGCGACCGACGCGGGAUACGGUGCGCUGACCGGGACCACCGUCGACGAGGUCAACCUUCUCGGUAACGGUACGAUCAACUGGGAUCCCAUCUUCAUGUUCGCGUACCAGGGUCUCGGCGAGAUGACGACCAUCGGCAAGCCACUGACCCGCGCCUUCUAUGGCCUUGACGAUGACGCCAAGGUUUACACAUACUAUGAAGGGUGUUCGGAUGGUGGUCGACAGGGCAUGAGCCAGGUGCAGCGGUACGGCGAUGAGUAUGAUGGAGUUGUCGUCGGUGCACCUGCAUUCAGGUAUGGUCAACAACAAGUGAAUCAUUUGUUCAGCAGCGUCGUGGAACAGACGUUGGACUACUACCCGCCGACAUGCGAGCUCGCAAAGAUUGUCAAUGCGACCAUCAGCGCUUGCGACCCCCUUGACGGUCGCAGCGACGGCGUCAUCUCGCGCUCGGAUCUCUGCCAGGAGCAGUUUGACCUCACCUCUAUAAUAGGCGAGUCGUACCACUGCGCGGCGACAACGUCCACAUCCCUGGGCUUCAACUUUGGCAAGCGAAACGACGGAACCAGCUCCUCCACCACUCCUGAGCAAUCCGGAAAGGUCACAGCCCAGGGGGUGGCCGUCGCUCAAGCCAUCUACGACGGCCUCUUCAACAGCAACGGCGACCGCGCGUACCUUUCUUACCGCAUCGGCUCCAAGUUCACUGACGCCGAAACAACGUACGACAACACCACGCAGACCUGGGGCGUCAGCAUCCCCUCAACCGGAGGCGAGUUCGUCGCCCGUUUCAUCGAGCUCCUGGACAUUGACAACCUCUCCACGCUGGACAACAUCACCUACGACACGCUUGUCUCCUGGAUGGACACGGCGAUGACGCGGUACAUGGAUACUCUGCAGACCACCCUCCCCGAUCUAAGCACCUUCCUAUCCUCCGGCGGCAAGAUGAUCCACUACCACGGCGAGGCAGACCCCAGCGUUCCCACCGCCUCCUCCGUGCACUACUGGCAGUCCGUCCUGGACAUCAUGUACCCGCAUCUCAGCUCCUCCGAGGCCCAGGAGAAGCUGAAGGAGUGGUACCAGCUUUUCAUCAUCCCGGGUGCAUCUCACUGCGCGUCGAACUCGCUGCAGCCCAACGGGCCCUUCCCGCAGGAUAACAUGGCCACGAUCAUCCGGUGGGUUGAGGAGGGCGUGCAGCCCACUGGUCUGAAUGCCACUGUCACCGAAGGCAAUUAUUCGGGCGAGGUCCAGAGCCUCUGCCAGUUCCCUAAGCGGCCGAUGUGGAAGAAGGGUGCGUGGGAGUGUGUGGCUGAUGAGAAGGGGGCCGAGACGUUCCAGUACACCUUCCCUGCGUUCAAGGUGCCUGUUUACUAG